AUGUUCUGUUUUCUGACUUAUAUUAACCUCUGCAAGGCGGCCAAGUUCAACCGAAAAGCAGACACAUCACUUGCACAUCAACUCCUCGAGAGCACACACCUCUCACAAAAGUCAACGCUUUUCAAAUACGAAGCCAAAGAUGUAAAGAAACACGUCACUAAAUUAAUGGAUCUUGUGCACUUUCAUUGGCCAAACGAGCGACUUCCAGAAGACUUCAACGAAUUGUUACAAAUAAUUACUUUGUGCAGCCGCAGAAAAGUGAGCGCUUACGAACCCACUGAUCAGACCAACGAAGACUUCUGGAUCCAGGGCUCAUCCCAGACGAUGGAUAAGAGUAAAACGACUGAGAAAAGAUCACGAAAUCCCAAAUCAGUAAUUUGA